AUGGAAGACCCAUGGGAUAGUUGCUUUGAAGUUGUUGUCGCAGAAAGGUCAGGUGCAGAGCAGCCAUCUGCAUCCUCAGAGAGAAGAGCAGUCGGAGAGGCCAAGAGCGAGGACCCAGCAGAGAAGCCGCUGCUCCCAGAAGCUACAGGCACCGUACAGCCAGAGGAGGGCUGCAGGCGGCCAUCUUCUCUGGAGCAGUCAAGUCCUGCACAGUGGGAAUUACCCAGCGAAGGACUAGGCAGUCGAGAAGUGAUCAGAAAUAAUGAGCAAGAUGUAUCUGAGCCAGAUGCCCCAUUCAGAGGAUCAUCUGAGAGUAUAUUUCCUGUUACCAAUGAGAAUUAUUCUGCUUUACCUGAAGUAAGAAGUUCAGAAAGGAAAGAACAAACAUGUCAAACCUCAGUACUAUCAGAGAACUCAGGAAGUGGGACAGUAACAGGAAGCAUGAUUGAGGAUGAUGAAGCUCUUAGGAGGACUAAGGCUAAAUUUGAUGAAACUAUCCAGUCUGAGAAGUUCUGUCCUGAUCAGGAACAUUCUCCUGGGAAAGCAGUUCAACAGGUUUACCACAUGCCUGAUGUCAUAACUGUCAGAGUACAAACAGAUCCUGAUUCAUUCCAAGAUGUAGUUGUAAAAAUUGAAAGACCUUCCUAUCAUAAACCAUUUCUGGGUGGAUUUAAGAACAGGAUAACAGGAGCGGAAUUUCAUAAUGCAGGAUCACAGACCAUACCCAAAAAAAGACCUGACAAAGGAAUUCAGUUAUUUUGUGGGGAAACACAGACUGUUUUUGAAAAAAAUAAGCCACAACAAACAAAAAAUACAACAUCAACACAGAUGACUAAAAUUGGCUUGUAUGUGUCAAAUGUGUCUGACAAACUACUAAGUCCUGGAAAGUAUCUCACAGCGGAAGAAUACCAUAAACGUAGACUUGAAGCAGUAAUAGUAUUACAGACAUACUUCCGUCGUUGGCUUGCUAUAAAUGUAGUACAAAACCUGAGGGAAGAAAAGAGGUUAAGGCUGGCAUGGGAGGCACAAGAAGAGUUGCGGAGAAAAAAAGAGAAAGAAGACAGACUGAGAAGGGAGCACGAACGCAGACUCAACGCUAAAACACAAGAAGACUUUGAGCUACUGUACCAUGAUUUAGAAUUAUGGAGGCAGGAGGAGACGGAACGCAUUAAUGGAACUCUUACUGGAGCUGAAAGAAAGGCAGCGUUUUGUGGACUUCUGGAACAAGAGGCACAGCUGAUUGCUUCAAUUGGGAGACACAAACUAAAUGCAGAUGAGGAGAAUCAACAAAAAGCAAUACUGCGCUUUCUGAAUAAGUGUGCCCAGCCUAAGAGAUGGAAAGCAUAUGAUGGAAAAAUCACUGAAAUGGAUACACAGCACACACUUCGUGCCAGAGAACUAUUUGAAAUCUACCGAAGCAUUAGCAUGAAUGACAUCCCAAAAGAUGAGAGAAUAGAUGUGCUGUUAACACUCAGACGUACAGUGAAGGAACAUGAAUGUAAAUUAACGUGGGAAAUAGUGGAAUUAAUUGACAGGGAAGUUGAUCUUAUGUCGAGAGAGGUGAAAGAAUGCAACUUAGAAGGACUGAGGAAAAGAAUUUGUACAUUAUUUCUUCAGUAUAUUAAAACUCCAAAGUUUAACCCUGAAGUUGCUAGGAUACUUAAGGUUCCACCAGAUCCCUUAAAGCUUUAUAAAAACGUUAACUUCUGUCAUAGUUGCGAAAAUUACUUACCAUCUACUGAAUUUCCUGUUCCUGCUAAUUCCCGCACCAUUGGCAGAUGUCGCUUGUGUUGCAAGCUUGAUAAUGAGGCUCGGCGUCGGGAAACGUUUUUGGAGUACAAACUUAUACUAGAAAAUCUCAGAAAGUCUGAAGCUGAUUAUCAGGAUGAUGCUAAGAUUGUUUUCUUAAUUCAGCACCAAGAUCUGCAGUACAUGAUUGAGAACAUAUGGGGCUGUCAGUCAGCUCUCAGUGCCUGCAGUGACCUCCACAAUUUGGUUAUGGUCAGAUGGGAUAAGCAGCAUGAGUGGUCUCCGUGGAACACUAUUCUCCUCACUAAAGAUGAGGCAGGUGCACACCUUAAGCUGUGUAACCUUCAGAAGGCUUAUAAAGCAGCAUUUAUUCAGAGAAUAAAAAAUAAGCAUAUCCGGGCAAAAAACUACUUUGCUCAGAUUCCACUGAUGACAUCAUUUUUGAAUAGGAGUGACAAUCAGGCUAAUGCAAAUGAAUUUUUAAUAGCUACGUCUAUUCCUACUGCUACAGAAACAUAACUCUUGGGCGAAAUUAACUGAAGUUAAAGAAGUUAACUGAAUUAUUGAUUAAUACAAUUGCUUGAUUUUAAAGAAAUGUACUUUUUCAUCAAUACUUUAAUUGUAUUACACAGAUCAAAAUAAACUUCUGAGGAUAAA